CGCCUGGCUCCCGGCGCGCCUCGCGGCCGCGAAACUACAAUUUCCGGCAUGCCCCGCGCCAUCGUGCAGCGCCCGCGCCCGGGAGAAUGUCGCGGAACGUCUCUGACACAAGCAGCAAACAAGAACAUGUUAAAAUUACCAGUGAGCCCAAACCAGGGUUCCUGGAGAGGCUCAGUGAGACAUCUGGGGGGAUGCUGAUUGGUUUUGUGUUAUUUUCCCUUUCUUUCUACGUGCUUUUUACCAAUGAGGGACGAGCUUUGAAGACAGCCACCUCUCUUGAUGAGGGCUUGUCUGUUGUAAUUCCUCUUGACAACAUACACACCGUGUCUCAACAGAAUGAGGGGAAACUAGUGCAUUUGUCUGGUGCCCUUGCAACAUCAAAGCCUUUGUUCGAUCCCAGCUAUGGGCUUUCCAUCCAGGCUGUCAAGCUCAAACGUAAUGUAGAAAUGUACCAGUGGGUAGAAUAUGAAGACUCCAAAGAAUAUGAGGAGAAUGGUGAAAUUAAGAAAGAAACAAGGUAUUCAUAUAACACUGAAUGGAAAUUGGAAAUUGUGAACAGUAAAAACUUUGAUCAAGAGAUUGGACAUAAAAAUCCAAGUGCUAUGGCUGUGGAAUCUUUCACUGUGACUGCUCCUGAUGUCCAGGUGGGCAAGUUCUUUCUUUCCAAAGGUCUUAUUGACAAAAUAGACAACUUCAAGCAGAUGAGCCUGUCAAACCUGGAAGAUCCACAUGCAGAUGUUACCCGAGGAGGCAAUUACUUUUACCAUAGCGAGAACCCCAGGCGUCCAGAAGUGGGAGACCUUCGAGUUUCAUUCUUCUAUGCAGGUCUGAGUGGAGAUGACCCUCACAUGGGCCCAGCAGAUAUGGUAACUGUGAUUGCUCGUCAGCGAGGGGAGCAGUUGGUUCCAUAUCAGACCAAGUCUGGAGAGGUCCUGCAAAUUCUAUAUGUUGGGGAUCUCUCUGCUGAGGAGGUCUUUCAGAAAGAACAUGAGAGUAACAUCAUGAAGACCUGGGGCCUUCGUGCAGCAGGCUGGCUUGCCAUGUUUGUUGGCAUCAACCUCAUGACCCGAAUUCUUUAUACCUUGGUGGAUUGGUUUCCUGUUGUCAGAGAUCUGGUUAAUAUUGGCCUGAAAGCCUUUGCCUUCUGCAUAGCCACCUCUCUGUCCCUGCUGACCAUCUCCGUGGGGUGGCUCUUCUACCGUCCUCUGUGGGCUUUGAUGAUUGCAUUGCUGUCUGCAGUUCCUAUUGUAAUUGCCAAAUCCCGAGUUCAAGCAAAAAAACACCAAUGAAGAUGGAAGAGCUCCUUUUUGCUCUCUUUGCACUGGAGUCUGUAAAGCCUAGUGCAUGAGGUUUCAAGCUAUUACAACAUGCUUAAGGCACAUCACCAAAGAGCUCAGUUGGGUGUAAUUGUUUAUUCACUUAACACACAAGCACAAAAAAAUGCAAUUCUACAGGCUACUGAUUUGUAGUAAGUCAGUGAAAUUGAAUUAAAAAGUCUGGAGUGGGUGAGAAGCAGUAUUUGCCUCUAAACAAGCAUUUGCCGGCCUCUUUAAAUGAGGCAGGUGAGUAUAAUCUCCCAAUGGACAAGUUUUAUCAUGUAAUCUACAACUUGCAGUCUUUAGCAUGUUUGUGUACCUUCCUAUCUCACUUUCUCGCAUGUAGGUGUGUACAUUGCAAAAAAAAGGUGUGUUAAUAUACAAAAGCAACUUUACAUACAUAUGAAAGCUGUUAGACUCUUGGUUUUCAGUAAUUAGAGAAAAAAUAGGCAUAAGGCUUGCUUGAACCAAGGGUUUUUAAAAAAUAUAAAUUGGAUCAUGGCCAGUCAGCUGAGAUGACUUUUAAAGGUACCUGAUUUUCAGAACACGCUGGACAAGGUCCUUUCCAAAGUCAGGACCCUAAACAGACUAAAUGGUCUCAGCUUUUGCACCCAAGAUCACUAGUAUCAUCUUUUUGUGGAGAGAGGAUGGAGCUUGAAAGUAAUUUUAAAUUCCAUCUGUUAACGUCCUCCACCUCUUUAUUGGAGGAAGUGGGGAAAGGGGUAGAAACCUCAGAUCCUGAAGCAAAACUUGUCAAACUUAGUAUGUACUCCUACACGUUGUUUGCCACUUUAUACAGUAUGUGUGUGCUGUGUAUUUUACUUCGUGAAGGCAAUGAAAACACUCCAUUUCACUUUAUGCUAUGUCAUGAAAGCCAAAAUCUGGAUUAAAGAGUUAAACACCUCACCACUGCAUUUGCAAAGCAAACAGAUAACUUCUUCCUUGAGAUUUAAAUCCUUCAAAGUAAUCCUGCUUAAUCUUUAAAUUUUGUAAACCUAAAUAAAUCGUGAGUUUUAUUUCAUGGUGGGACACAAAAUAACUCCAUAAUUAACCUCAUGUUCAUGUUUACAGUUUUCUGCUUUCAAAAGUACUUGUGAUUA